AUGCCUAAUCUAUAUGAUCGUGUUUCAUUCUCUGAAUAUAUUUACAGAAUUAAACUAAAAAAUGUAAUACACAAUAAAUCAUACCAAGAUAAUAUCAAUUUCAUAGAGGAUUUAUCAUUUGAUUCAUCCCUACUAUAUUCUCAAUUUCAUAAUUUUGAAUCAAUCACAUUUUCAAUGGAUUAUAAACAGUAUAUGAAUAAGAAUGAUUAUGAUUGUAGUAAACAUAUUACAAUAAAUACUGAUAUCUUGAAAUGUAUCAAUCAAUGCUUGUUGAUAACGGAUCAAAGUAAAUAUCAAUUACUUUCUGGUAUCAAAUGCAGAGUUUAUUGGUAUCAACUUGCUAGAAGUCAAGAAUUUCUUAAAUGUUUAAUACAAAUAAUACCAACUGGCUAUGGUGAUCCAUAUCUUCAAGAAAUUGCCAUGAUUGUAUUAACAAACAUAUGUAUACUUGCUGGAUAUAAGACUAAGUAUUCAAGAUCCAACAAUUGUCAAUCCGCCUUACAAAAUUUGAUUCAUAUCACUGCUGGACCACUUGUCAUCUUUUCAAGUUCAUCUGGUCUAGGCCAAAUUACAAUUUGGUCAACUCAAGCUUUAACUGGACUAUUGAAUGCAACAUUUAUUUAUUAUCCAGAUUUAUGCGUGAAUUAUGAACAAAAUGUUUGGAUGGAAAAAUUGUUGUUGUUUUCUCAUGUCAUUCAUGUUCUUCAUAGAUUACUACCUAAAGUCUUCCUCAUGGAAUCAUCUAAUUUCGGCACGUAUGAAUUAUUGAAACAGUUGAGCAAACACAUGACCGAUACUGAUGACUCUCUCAAUUUGGAAAUUUUAUCAUCACAUUUGAAACUUAUAACACUAAUUCUAAUGAGAUUACCAUCAGUACAGGUGAUGUUAUCCUCAACAACAUCAUCAUCGGAUGAUAAAAUUAGAAUACAAGAAAUGGAUAAAUUUCUUGCUAUAAUACAAUAUGGAUUCAUGAAUUUAUGUUUGGCUAUCGGAAAAGUUUGGUUGUGUCCUGCAUGCUCAAAUAGUUUAACAAAUCACAGCCUUUUUGAUUUUCUCAAUAAAGAUGAUCCAAUUGAUGAUAAUUUUUUAAAAAUCAAAAACUGUACACCGAAUCAUUCUCCUUCUUCUUCUUCUUAUGAUCUUUUACUAUUUACUUGUGAAUUAUUAAAAUCAUUAUUGAAUUUAAUUCAAAUUCCAUAUUUAAAGGUUUAUUUUAUUAAAACAAAUUAUAAUCUUAUUCAAUGUUUAUUAUAUUUAGCUAAAUGUUUAUUUUAUUGUUCUAAUUUAAAUGAUCCAUUAAUUAUAUCACAAUGUAUAUUCUAUAUAAUACGUAUUAUUGGUUGUAUAUGUUAUUAUCAUCAUUAUGAUCAUCAUCAUCAUCAACAGCAUCCUCCUCCUCAUCAUCAUCAUCAUCAGCAGGAGCACAUUGAGAUGACACAGCAACCUUAUUUCAUUAAUACUUUAACAAUAUCUCAAGGGUUAUUACAUAAUUUUUUAAUACUUAUCCAUUGGUAUUAUCAAUAUAGAUGUUCAUGGUCUAUAUGUAGUAUUGAAUUAUGUUGGUCUUUAACUCAUUUUAUACAAUAUUUCAAUAUAUCAAUAUUUGAAGAACAAUCUAAUCAAUUAUUAAAUAAUUUUAUUGAUUUUUUAUUAUUGAAAUUAUUCAGUUUAGAAUUAGGUGCCAAAGAAGUAAUGUUUUUAUUAUAUACUAAUAUAAACAUUAUGUAUAAUAAUAAUAAUAAUAAUAAUGGUUUACAUGGUAACCAUAGAGAUUAUUUAUAUUGGAUCAAAAUAUUAACAUUAUUAAAUGAUCAUUUAAAACCUCAAUUAAUUUAUUGGAAGUAUUUAAAACAAAAUUUACCAAUAUGUUAUAUUGAAACAUUGAUAUUAUUGUUUAAAUUCUUAACAAUGAUAAAUAUGAAUGAUCAUAUUAAAUUAUUAAAAGACUAUAUUAAAAAUAAUUGUCCUAUAUUAUAUAAAUUAUAUACUGUAUAUUGUAAUCAAACAUUAUUAUCUUCAAUAUCAUUGGAAUCAUUAACAAUGAAAGAAAUUCAAGAGAUUCUAUGUUCUGUGAAUUCUUUUAGUACAGGUAUUAUUUCGUAUAUCAUAUCAAUUCUUGAAGAUAUAUGAUUACUCUUGUAUAAUUCUUAAUUUUUUAAUGUGUAAAUAUAAAUGUAUACAAGUUUGUAGAGAAUGAAUGUUGAAUAAAUAAAACGGAUUGUUGUUUUUUUGUCAUUCGAUGUACUGAAUAUUCAGUUUAGUAAAGUUACGUAUCCUUAACAAACUUCGUGAUUCAUUUGUUAGCUGGUGUAAUAAAAUGGCGGUUGGAGGUGGUCAACAGAAGACCCUGGAUCUAGGAUUCGUGCUACUUGGCACUUGUUAGCAAGGUAGUCCUAAGGAACUAGUGCUCCCUGACCACUGAGCUAUUCCGGCAGCGACUGACCUCCUGUAGGACUGAUAUGUAAUCACAAUUGAUUGAUAACUAGGUGAUGAUCAAUGUCAUGCGUGU